CUCAGCCAGCCCUGCAGGGUGAGCAGUCCAGCCCUGGGUCCAGCAGAGCUAAAACGCUACAGCCGGGAAAACUUCCACCUCCCUCUCCUGGUUUUGAUCCUCACCGUCCAGCAGACCCGAGGCGCCGAUCGACCGGAGGGAGGAUGAGAGAUGACCGGUCCUUUGGCAACCUGACCAUUUCCUUAGCAGAGCCUUCCAAAGCGAACCGGAGACUGGCCACACGACCCAGGAGGCGCCGCGCCUCUUGUGGAUGUGUGUGUAUGAGUGAGCAAGCGGGUGUGUGUGUGUGAGUGAGGGUGUGUGUGUGUAUGCGUGUGUGUGUGCGCGCGUGUGUGUAUGCGCGCGCUUGUGGUGUGGAUGGGUGUGUGCACAGCACAAUUGCGUGGAAGCGUGUCUGGGUGAGCGUGUGUGUGCACUCGUGAAUGUGUUUGUGUGUGUGUGUGUGUACGUGUGUGUGUGUUUGUGUGUGCUCUUGGCUGCUAUUAUUAUUAUUUUGGAAGAAAAAUCCUGGAAAUCUGGGGCAGGUUAUGGUACUCCCAGGGUGACUUCUUUUGCGAGAGGAGCUGACCAGAGCAAGCCACUAGAGCCAUUUCCCUGCCAGCAGAGAGCAUUUUCCUCCCAGAAGAAGGAUUUCAACCCCGGGGCUUUGCAGCCAAGUAAAAGAGAUUAGCCCUGAAACCUGUGAAAUCGACCAUUGCUGUGUGAUUACCCAGGCUUGGGAGAGGACUUGGAGAGAGAAGGAGAAAUAGAUCAAACAGCCUGUCAGUUCUCUUUGCCACGUCGGAAGAUGUCAUCUCAAACUAAGUUCAAGAAAGACAAAGAGAUCAUUGCUGAAUAUGAAGCCCAAAUAAAAGAGAUCCGCACGCAGCUGGUGGAGCAGUUCAAAUGCCUGGAGCAGCAGUCCGAGUCGAGGCUGCAGCUGCUGCAAGACUUGCAGGAGUUCUUCCGCAGGAAAGCUGAGAUCGAGCUGGAGUAUUCCCGCAGCCUGGAGAAGCUGGCUGAGCGCUUCUCCUCCAAGAUUCGCAGCUCCCGGGAGCACCAGUUCAAGAAGGAUCAAUACCUCCUCUCGCCUGUGAACUGUUGGUAUCUAGUACUGCAUCAGACUCGGCGGGAGAGCCGAGACCAUGCCACCCUCAACGACAUCUUCAUGAACAAUGUCAUCGUCCGCCUCUCCCAGAUCAGUGAAGAUGUCAUCAGACUCUUCAAAAAGAGCAAAGAGAUUGGCCUGCAGAUGCAUGAGGAGCUGCUGAAGGUCACCAACGAGCUCUACACGGUCAUGAAAACCUACCACAUGUACCAUGCAGAGAGCAUCAGUGCAGAAAGCAAGCUGAAGGAGGCUGAGAAGCAGGAGGAGAAACAGUUUAACAAGUCAGGAGAGCUGAGCAUGAACCUGCUCCGGCACGAGGACAGACCCCAGCGCCGCAGCUCCGUGAAGAAGAUUGAGAAGAUGAAGGAGAAGAGGCAGGCCAAGUAUUCUGAGAACAAGCUCAAGUGCACGAAGGCCCGGAAUGAUUACCUGCUGAAUCUGGCAGCCACCAAUGCAGCUAUCAGCAAAUACUACAUCCAUGAUGUCUCUGAUCUCAUCGAUUGCUGUGAUUUGGGCUUUCACGCCAGCCUGGCCCGCACCUUUCGGACCUACCUCUCAGCAGAAUAUAACCUGGAGACCUCUCGCCAUGAGGGCCUGGACGUCAUAGAGAAUGCAGUGGACAACCUGGACUCCCGGAGUGACAAGCACACAGUCAUGGAUAUGUGCAGCCAGGUCUUUUGCCCUCCACUCAAGUUUGAGUUCCAGCCCCACAUGGGGGAUGAGGUUUGCCAGGUCAGUGCACAGCAGCCUGUCCAGACGGAGCUGCUCAUGCGGUACCACCAGCUGCAGUCCAGGCUGGCCACUCUCAAGAUUGAGAACGAAGAGGUUCGGAAAACCCUGGAUGCCACCAUGCAGACCUUACAGGACAUGCUGACUGUGGAAGACUUCGAUGUCUCUGAUGCCUUCCAACACAGCCGAUCUACAGAGUCCAUAAAGUCAGCUGCUUCUGAGACCUACAUGAGCAAAAUCAACAUCGCCAAAAGGAGAGCCAACCAGCAGGAAACAGAAAUGUUUUAUUUUACAAAAUUUAAAGAAUAUGUGAAUGGCAGUAACCUCAUCACCAAGCUGCAAGCCAAGCAUGACUUACUCAAGCAGACCCUGGGUGAAGGGGAGAGAGCAGAGUGCGGCACGACCAGGCCCCCCUGUCUUCCCCCUAAACCACAGAAAAUGAGGAGACCUAGGCCUCUUUCAGUGUAUAGCCAUAAACUCUUUAACGGCAGUAUGGAAGCGUUCAUUAAGGAUUCAGGACAAGCUAUACCACUUGUAGUUGAGAGCUGUAUUCGAUUCAUCAAUUUGUAUGGACUCCAGCAGCAGGGGAUCUUCAGAGUUCCAGGGUCUCAGGUUGAAGUCAAUGACAUCAAGAAUUCCUUUGAGAGAGGUGAAGACCCCCUCGUGGAUGACCAAAAUGAGCGAGAUAUCAAUUCAGUUGCUGGUGUUUUAAAACUGUAUUUCCGAGGACUGGAAAACCCACUCUUUCCUAAGGAAAGGUUUCAAGAUUUGAUAUCUACUAUUAAACUGGAGAACCCAGCUGACAGGGUGCACCCAAUCCAGCAGAUCCUCAUCACCCUGCCCCGCGUGGUCAUUGUGGUCAUGAGAUACCUCUUCGCUUUCCUCAAUCACCUUUCCCAGUACAGUGAUGAGAACAUGAUGGAUCCCUACAACUUGGCCAUCUGCUUCGGGCCCACCCUCAUGCACAUCCCCGAUGGGCAGGACCCUGUCUCCUGCCAGGCGCAUGUCAAUGAAGUCAUCAAAACGAUCAUCAUCCACCAUGAAGCCAUCUUCCCCAGCCCGAGGGAGCUAGAGGGACCCGUAUACGAAAAAUGCAUGGCUGGAGGGGAAGAGUACUGUGACAGCCCACACAGUGAGCCGGGGACCAUUGAUGAAGUUGACCAUGACAAUGGCACGGAGCCUCACACCAGUGACGAAGAAGUGGAGCAGAUUGAGGCCAUCGCCAAGUUUGACUAUGUGGGGCGGUCCCCUCGUGAACUAUCCUUCAAAAAAGGGGCCUCACUACUCCUGUAUCACCGUGCCUCAGAGGACUGGUGGGAGGGCCGCCACAACGGUGUAGAUGGACUCAUCCCUCAUCAGUACAUAGUUGUACAGGACAUGGACGAUGCCUUCUCCGAUAGCCUGAGCCAAAAGGCUGACAGCGAGGCCAGCAGUGGGCCACUGCUGGAUGACAAGGCCUCCUCCAAGAAUGACCUCCAGUCCCCCACAGAGCACAUCUCUGAUUACGGCUUUGGGGGGGUGAUGGGCCGAGUGCGACUACGGUCCGACGGAGCAGCCAUCCCCAGGCGCCGAAGUGGGGGCGACACACACAGCCCACCCCGGGGCUUGGGUCCCAGCAUAGACACGCCACCCCGAGCUGCUGCCUGCCCCAGCAGCCCCCACAAAAUCCCCCUCAGCCGGGGACGGAUCGAGAGCCCUGAGAAGAGAAGGAUGGCGACCUUCGGGAGCGCUGGCAGCAUCAACUACCCUGACAAGAAGGCGCUGACAGAAGGGCUCUCCAUGAGGUCGACUUGCGGCUCCACGCGACACAGCAGCCUAGGGGACCACAAGUCCCUGGAGGCUGAGGCCCUGGCAGAAGACAUCGAGAAGACCAUGAGCACCGCUCUGCAUGAGUUGCGGGAACUUGAGAGACAGAACACUGUCAAGCAGGCACCAGAUGUGGUGCUGGACACCCUGGAGCCCCUGAAGAAUCCACCAGGCCCCAUCAGCUCAGAGCCCGCCAGCCCCCUGCAUACCAUUGUCAUCCGAGACCCUGAUGCUGCUAUGCGCCGAAGCAGCAGCUCAUCGACAGAGAUGAUGACCACCUUCAAGCCAGCCCUGUCAGCUCGCCUGGCUGGUGCCCAGCUGCGUCCGCCCCCCAUGCGUCCGGUCAGACCUGUGGUCCAGCACCGAUCCAGCAGCAGCAGCAGCUCAGGUGUGGGCAGCCCGGCAGUGACACCUACGGAGAAGAUGUUUCCUAAUAGCUCCUCGGACAAGUCUGGCACCAUGUGACCUGCAGGACUGGUGACACUGCCAUGGCCCACUGCAGCACACCAAGGCCUAGGGUGGCCUCAGUGGCUUCCACUAGCUUCCCAGGGAUCUCCUGGCCUUGGAGGGCAGAUCCUGGAAGGUCAGCCUGGGAGGGUGUAUGUCUGUGGAGAGCAGAGGCCCAGGCGUUAGCUGCAACUCCCGCUCAGCCAUGUGAAUGCCACAGACCUCUUGUGGGCAAACAGACAUGCCAAGGAAUGCUGGAGCAAGAUCAGUCCCAAGGACAGUGGUUCCUAAGAUUGAGGCAGAUGCUUACCAGCUUCUCAUAUUGUCACUGGAAAAUUAUUCUCUCGAUAUUCUCUACAUACGUAUAUAUGUGUGUGUAUAUAAAUACACGCAUAUAUACGCAUAUGUGUACGUAUGUGUCUGUAGGUGUGUGUAUAUAUAUAUAUUUAUGCAUCUAUAUACAUAUACUAGAGAGCUGGACAUACACACAUGCUAACUGUAUAUAGACGCUCCUUUUUUUUUUCUUUUUAUGAAACUUAGAUUUACCUCAGACCCAUGCCACCAAACAUCUCCCACUCUUACUUGGUGGGAUUUGCAGGGACUUCUCUGGGAGAACUUAGAGGCCCCACAGUAACUGCGAACGAAGCAAUAUACCACUAACCUGCAGAGACACAAAACCAGAAACAGUCUCCAGCUGUCUCCAGAAGUCGUGGCCUUCCAGAACAGUCUGCCCCUCAAGGAAGGGUGGGGCAGGCAGUACCCCCAAGCAGGCUGCCCCUAAAGGUGGGGAACCCUUCAUAGAAAACCCUUCACCCACCCCCCUAGAGACCCUGCCCUGUCAUCGGAGGCCAAAGGUCAACUGUACCCCCAGAAGGCACAGGGGAAGUUGGUGUGAAGACCCUUGAGUUUGUAUGCUGACUCAGGAUGGUGAGAUGCUGUGGUUGGGGGUGUGGGGGAGAACAGGAGGAAACAAACCAAACCCAAAACAGUAGUAUGGAGUAGUUCAAACCCUACCCGUGCUGUAGGGACAGAUCUGUGCUGACUGUACAAGUUUUACUUCUCUCAUCUUCAAAAUAUUUCAUGGUUUUUUUCCUCCUCGUUCUACUGAUUACGCUUUGUCAGAUUUGGAACUAAAUGGGCAAGGAGGCAUUCGGUCACAUCAUAUCUGUUUGAGAGCAGUCCACACUCUGCUCCCCGCUGGAGCCUCCAGUGCCCAGCCAUCCCUUGGCCUCCAUCCUAGGAGGACUGGGCUAGGAAGCACCGUAGGCUGGGAUGCUAUGAAAAUGGCAGUGCUCCUCACCCUCCUUCCCCUCCUCUUCUUCCGUUCCUUCUAAAGCAGUUAAUGUAGACAAACAUGGUGGUAGAAACAAGGUACGUGAUUCUGCAGUGUCACAACAGCCUUCUGCAUGGCUCUUGUUUGAUUCUGUUUUACCUACUUUUUUUUGUUGUCUCCAUUUUCCAGAUAUUUCCAGAAUUGUUGGAUAAUGCGCCACAGGCAAAUCUAAUCCUAGUGGGACCAUUUCUACUCUCCUUCUGCAUGCCAAACCAACCAAGGAUCUUUUCCUCCUCCUCCUCCUCUUCUCUCUCUCUCUCUCUCUCACACACACACACACACACACACACUGAAAACACACACACACUGAACACACACACACACACACACACACACACAUACACACACUGGCUGGUUCUCUGCCUACCUCCAAGUUUUACAAUCCAUAAUCUGGAAUCUGUGUCACAGCCCCCACAGGAGCCCUGUGACCCAUAGCUACACCACUCCUGUCACCUACAGAUGCUUUGAAGUGCCAUCCUUGGCAUUUCUUCCCUUUGGGUUUACUUCCACCAUUUCUUGGGUCCUCCAUUUAAAGGAAUCUUGACCACUUCCCUAGGGAGGGACCUAGUGAGUCACUGGUCCUUGAGUGUGGGGAGGAUCACCCAUUCUGCCUUGCCUGUAGGAUCAGCACUUGAGUACACUGUGGAAUAAAGAAUGGGCUCCAAAUGAGAAUGCCAGGAAGAUGCCCGAGCCAUCAAGCCUCCCUUCCCUCUCAACUCCUGCUGUGAUGGGCCCUCUGUUUUUGAGCACAUAAAGAUAUCUCCAUUUUAUAGUUGAAGACAGUAAGGCCUGGGGGCGGGAGGACUGGGACCUGCACAAGAUAUGCCAGAUGGCCUAGUGGGCUGCAUCAGGCUCAGGAAGCCCUCAUUUCCAGGAAUCUGCUAUCUCUGCUAUGCAUCCGGGAGAUAAGACUUCUCUUUUGUAUCCCAGGGCUAUUUCCAGAUUUUUAAGUCCACUCACCUCCCAGGCAAAAAUGCAAUAUUCUCUGCCUGGAUACCAGAUAGAAGCAAAAUUGAGUUUACAAAUCUAGUACCUGACGCACCUAUUGCCAGUUACGCUGUGUAGAUUUGUCUCUGGGUUGACUUAUUUCAUUUUCCUUACUGCCUCUCCCCAAAUGUCCCAAGAGCAGAGCCUCAGCUGUUUUCCUUAAGCAUCUAUCUUUCCCCCAUUGGCAAGUGGCUGAUGAAUUCACAUUUAGGGAAGCACACACACAGAUGGCAGAUGAGUCCCCAGCUCUUCCAACCCCCAAUCUGAGCUUUGAUGCAGAACAAAUGGAAAAGCACUGUCCACCCCCAUCCCCAACACACUUCUUCAUCUGGUCCCCUUGCAUGUCUCAGCCACCCCCAGGUCCCAACUCAGUCCCAACUCAGUCCCAUCGGUGUCUAUCUAGUGUGAGCAUCUCCCUUCUGACUCCUGCCUGUUUUUAGUCCACUAUAUAUUGCUGUAUUUGUUAAAUGCUGGAAAGUAACUGUUAAAAUGUGAAACUGUAAUUUUUUAAAAUGAAGGCUACAAUUACAUUAUAGCCAUUGCCACUCACCAAAUCUUUGCACUUAGUAGAUAGAUCGAUGUAAAAACAAAUACCAGAAACCUAAUUGUACAGUGAUUGGGGUGGGGGGUGUAGUAACAUAGUUAGUAGUCCUCAAUAUAGCCAAGCGUACAAGGGGAAGUGGUGUCUACCAAUGUUCAUCACCAUUAUUGAGAGCUGUACUGAUCAGUUAGUUUAUAACGGGCAUUUUAAAAUUUUUUAUUUUGGCUUCAUGGAAUGAUUUCCUAACCUCCAACUUACCCCGAGGUCAAGCCUUUUGUCUUUAUGUAUAACUCGUGUUCAGUCUGUUUUAGGAAUGAACCAGCAAGAUGUUCAUUUAAUUAAAACUGACCAAAGACAAUUAAUUCCUGGUCUAGUUUCCUGGGCACCGUGUGGCCCAGUUGCCACUAAAGACCUUUCUCCGAUCAAUUUGAGAACAAGCCGAGCUUCCAACCCGACUCACCCUCCCUGUCCUCCUUCUCUUUGUCCUCGUCGAGCUGCUCUGAGCUAUGGGAUCCUGUGAACAACUGUCGUUUUCCUUCUCUUCAGUGCUAACUUCUCACCUUGAAGCGCCUUUUGAACCCCCCGGACAGAGCACACAACUGGAGGGAAUUGUGGACGUGGGAAUUAAGAUGAGGGAGUCUUUUCUCUGAAGUCACUAAACUGGGGAUCAGGAGGGAAACGGAUUCCUAAGGAAUGGAAAGGUUUAUAUCCAAUGAAGAAAUCAAAUCGGAGUGGGAAGAGACACAGGGAAAUGGAGCCAUCCGUUGGCUACUGGCUGGAACCAGCAGUUCAGAGAUCUGCCUUAUAAACACUUUAGACUGGUGUGUGGUACGCAAGGGGAGCUGGUGGGAGAGAAGCCUGUCCAGAUGUUCCCUUCCUUGGCAUCUCCUAGAGUGCCUUGUUGGGUGCAUCCCUUUCUUAUUCAGGAGGCAUGGAUGCAGAGGAUAUAUCGUGACUUGGUACUUGGUCAUCAUUGGGUGGCCAGCGCACAUACAUUUGGAACGAGUGCUGAAAAACUCUCCAAGGACUAACACAACAGCCCUCCCUCUCAGCCUUUCUGUUUCUAACUUUUCCUCUUCCAGAUGGUUCCACACUAGAGCAAACGCCUCAUUCUUCUGAAAAACCCAGAAAGAGGUGGAGUGGGGUGUCAUUUCUAGCUGCGGUAGUGGGUCCUGUCGUACUGGGAGGGAAAGGCGUGACAGGGGAGGAGAAGGCAGAAAGGGGUGAACCAAGGCAUUGCUUAGCUGAUUUUCUGCUGUGCAGAGCUAAGGCUGACAGUUCGUGUCCACUUCCCUGGGGUUCUCUGGGGUCUCUUCUCCACUGAGAUGAAUGCCAAGUGGAGAAUUCCACAUACUCCAAGCUACCCAUGGGAACGGCCAGAAGGGACUUCACUGUCAGUCCGAGACCUCCUGACCUCUUAAAGCUGAUCUGCCAGCAUACUGUUGUCCCAUCCUUUGGGACUGGCCAAAUGGCUAUUGCAGUCCUUUGCUGACAACUCCUUUCUGUGCAAACUGUCCCAGGCAAAUCACAAAGCUGUUCCUUAAAGUGGAACCGCCAGAUUGCACUUUCCUUCCGUGAUGGAAGUGGGUCGAGGCUAGCUCUGCUGCCCAGGCCCUCGUUCCAGGCAGUGUGACUGUUUACAUGGUUUGGCAAUAGGUUUGCUUCUGAUUGCUUCAGAGUGGCUGGUCUGUUUUGUUUGCUUUGCUUUCUUUCUUCCCCCAAAUUAUGACAGGAAAAACAAACUGAAACCACCCUAGGAAAUUGCUGGUUGCCUGUCCCCAUGUGAUGCUAACUGUUGCCCUCUUCUGGGUAUCAUUUCUCUACCUUAUGACCAAAAUGCCCGUCCUAUAGAGUGUCUGAUUGGAUCCUCUGUUGCGUAUUCUGAUGGUGCCUGCUGGUUUGAUGUGGAGCUAUCCUGUGAAAUAAAACAGCUUAACUUUUUCUCAAA